AUGAUGAUAGAUCAGAUCAUGAGCGAGAACGACAUAAAGAAAAGAAGAAAAAAAAGAAAAAAAAGUCAGAGAAGGAGAAAGAAAAGCAUCUUGAUGAUGAGGAAAGAAGAAAGAGAAAGGAAGAGAAAAAGAGGAAAAGGGAAAAAGAGCAGUGUGACACUGAAGGAGAAACUGAUGACUUUGAUCCCGGAAAAAAGGUGGAGGUUGAGCCUCCUCCAGACCGUCCUGUCCGAGCAUGCAGAACUCAGCCAGCUGAAAAUGAGAGCACACCCAUCCAACAAUUACUAGAACACUUCCUUCGCCAGCUUCAAAGAUCCUCAUGGAUUUUUUGCUUUUCCAGUCACGGAUGCCAUUGCUCCUGGAUAUUCAAUGAUCAUAAAACACCCCAUGGAUUUUGGUACUAUGAAGGAAAAAAUUGCAGCAAAUGAAUACAAAUCAGUCACUGAAUUCAAGGCAGAUUUUAAACUGAUGUGUGAUAAUGCAAUGACAUACAACAGACCGGAUACUGUUUACUACAAGCUAGCCAAGAAGAUACUGCACACAGGCUUUAAGAUGAUGAGCAAACAGGCAGCUCUUUUGGGUGAUGAAGACACAGCAGUUGAGGAACCUGUCCCUGAAGUUGUUCCUGUACAAGCAGAGACUACCAAGAAAUCCAAAAAGCAAAAUAAAGAAGUUAUUAGUUGCAUAUUUGAACCUGAGGGAAAUGCAUGCAGCCUGACAGAUAGCACUGCUGAAGAACAUGUCCUGGCACUAGUGGAACAUGCAGCAGAUGAAGCUCGGGAUAGGAUCAGUCGAUAUCUACCCAACAGCAAGAUUGGUUAUCUGAAAAAAAAUGGAGAUGGAACUCUAUUAUUCAGUGUAGUCAACGCAUCUGAUCCAGAAGCAGAAGAGGAAGAGACUCACCCAGUAGAUCUUAGUUCUCUGUCAAGCAAGUUAUUACCUGGCUUCACUACAUUGGGCUUUAAAGAUGAACGAAGAAACAAAGUAACCUUUCUUACAAGUGCAAGCACAGCACUUUCCAUGCAAAACAACUCUAUAUUUCAUGAUCUGAAGUCGGAUGAAAUGGAACUGCUAUACUCAGCCUAUGGUGAUGAAACUGGGAUACAGUGUGCCUUAAGCUUACAAGAAUUUGUGAAGGACGCUGGAAAUUACAGCAAGAAAAUAGUGGAUGAUCUUCUGGACCAGAUCACUAGUGGAGAUCAUUCCAAAAUUAUUUAUCAGCUAAAGCAGAGGCGAAACAUUCCGGUAAAACCACUGGAUGAAGUUAAAGUUCUGCCAGUUCUCAUAAAAGAAGAACACAAGUUGCGGAAUACCUGUCCGGAUUCUUCCAAACAGAUAAUGGUUGGAGAAUCUGCUGGAGACAAUAAUGCUUCUGACUUGGACUUUCUCUCUAUGAAACCAUAUUCAGAUGUAUCUCUUGAUAUAUCCAUGUUAAGUUCAUUAGGAAAGGUGAAGAAGGAGCUGGAUCAUGAUGAUAACCAUUUACAUUUGGAUGAAACAACUAAGCUGCUGCAGGACCUCCACGAGGCUCAAGCUGACAGAGUGGGAUCCCGGCCAUCAUCCAAUCUGAGCUCCCUCUCCAAUACCUCUGAAAGAGACCAGCAUCAUCUUGGAAGCCCCUCUCAUCUGAGUGUUGGAGAACAACAAGACAUGGUUCAUGAUCCCUAUGAAUUUCUUCAGUCUCCAGAAACCUCAAAUGCUACUACUAACUAAUCUGACAUGUACUAUAGAUAUUUUGUAUACUAACUGUAUAAUUUUUUUAUAAAGUUUUUGUCCAUGGCAAAAACCUUGAUUUUGUCCUCUUUUGUAUGAGGAUUGCUGUUUAAUAUCGUACACGUUGGAUUAAACAAAGAAAAAAGGCCUACCUAAUAUAUCAUGUUGUUAGCAAUGUACCAAAAACUGCUUUUGUUUUUUGUUUUGUUUUUUUCCUAGUUGUGUGUGAGUUUUUACUGAAAAACAAGCGAUUAUGUGAUAGAAAACUUUGUGUUUUGUAAAAACUAAAAAGUGUUCAUUUUUUUCUAUUAUCACAGCAGUAGUCAUGAAAUGUUUCUAGUAGAACAUGUAUCAAUUCUGUUUGGGGGUUAACUUGAACAUCCUGAAGGAGGAAUGUCUUAUUUCAGCGGUGGCAGAACAUGAACUGUGGUUAUUGUUGUGUUUCCCAUCUCUUAACCAUAAUAAUUAAAAUGCUCACUAUGAAAAUUUUACCCUGGAUCAAAAAAAGUAAGGUUUUAUGAUCCCUUUUGUGUAUUGAAACUCAAAGGAAAAUAUACUCAUUUUUAAUUUCAUAUGUAUGUUUACUUGGAUAAGAAAAUACUGGAUAAGGUGUGCUUUUCAGUAAUUUUAAAAUGAAAAUUUUAUAAUUCAGUCCUGACAUAAAUGGGUUGGGGUUUUUUUGUACCAUUAAUAUGUGGAAGCUGAACAAAUGUUAUGAAUUCACAAUUUUUGUAAAUAUUACCUUAAUAAAAAUCAUACAGAACCACUUUUGAUGUUUGAAAAUAUCUUGUUCUUAUCAGGAGAAAAUUUGCUUCCUCAUCUUUAUGAAGCCUGAUAUAAUAGGAACUUUUGGUCUAAGUUGCCGUGCUGCUGCAAAAUGUAUAUUUCAUCAUGCUAAAUGUAGCUGUAAACAAAAUUAACUCUGAAUUUCCGAGAACCACCAAGGAAGUUUGUCAGAUAACUGAGAUCAAAGUCUUGAUAAAGUGUAAUUUGUUGUCUGGACUGUCUUUCUCCGUCGUGAUGCCUCCUCCCUGCUCCCCCACCUCCCUGCUCUUUAAGGAUAUGUGUUUUCUGUUUGGCUGUUCAAUGUAUUAAAUGUAGUUUUAUGUAGAUUAUUAAAGGACUUCAGCUACCGUACUGGCA